AUGGACGUUAAUUUACCGUUACCUUCGCCCAAUUUAAAUGCUUCACCAAGAGGUAUUUUUUGUUUGUUAUGUGCUUGUACGUUGGUGCAAAAUGCAAUUGUUGGCGGAGCCAAUAACGCGAUCAUAACUACCAUCGAGAAAGGUUUUUAUAUGACAAGUACGGACACUGGUUUGUUUCAAAGUGUUUAUGAACUUGUGAGUGUAUUUGUAUACCCAUUGGUCGGGUACCUAGGCGACAAAGGACGAAAGAUUCGAUGGAUUGCUUCAUCAAUGUCCAUACUCGGAAUUGGAUUUUUGGUGAUGUCAGUUCCUCAUUUUUUGGAAUUAAAGCGUGGUCGACGUAUAUUUGAGACAAGAGCUGCUGAUCAUUUAACAUUGUGUGUGGUAAAUCGAACAGUGAAUGUAUGCAAUGUAUCAAAUAAUCUCCAAUUUUUAAGACAUUUAAAAUACGUUUUCUAUUUAUCAAAUAUUAUCAAUGCUUGUGGAUCAGCAGCUCUACCCACAUUAGCUGUAUCGCUAGUUGAAGAUUUAUUUUCAAGCAAAACUGCACCUUUAGCGCAGGGAGCUUAUUACGCAAUUGGUGGUAUUGGUAUUGGCUUUGGAUUUCUCGCUACAAGUCAAUUUUUGAAUGUGUAUACAAACAUUCGAAAACCAGUGUGGUUAACACCUCAUUAUGCAGAUUGGAUUGGAGCAUGGUGGAUAUUAUAUAUGCUGUCGUCAGUUAUAUGUUUUUUGUUGUCAUUCUUGCUCUUCUAUUCUGAUACUGGACGUAGUCGAUCUGGUUCACUGUCUACAAAUCGUGUAGACUAUAGUCUAUUACCAUCAGUAAUAAAGAAGAAUAAAAAUCAAAAUGAAACUUUAAGCGUUCCACUUUCUAUUAACAUUUCAUCAGCUACACCAACUACGACUAGUUCAUAUGCAGAUAUCAGUUCAUUCCAACAAACAAGACCCUCCACCACCAUAUUUAAUGAUAAUGCAACAACGGAAGAUCAAGACAUACAAAUUCAUCCUCAAAAUGGGGAAGAUCAAGACAUACAAAUUCAUCCUCAAAAUGGAAUUGACAUUUGUCGCACGUUGAUUCUGAGUGCAGUCACUGAAGAACAAAUCCAUCAACAAAAACUUUCUCCAACAACAGAUUGCUUUUAUGAUAUCUACUCACUUAUCAAACAAUUAUUGAUUAAUUUACGUUACAUGGGUAUCACAUUGUGUGCCGUUACCGAAGCUCUUCUAAUCAAAGGCUACUUGGCAUUUUUAUCCAAACAUAUUGAAUAUCAGUUUCGUACGACAUCAUCACAUUCAAGUAUCUAUAUGGGUGUCAUUAGUUUAUUUAGUGUAGUGCUUGGUACACCGUUGGGUGCUUAUAUGGUCAAACGUCAUAACUUUGACGGUCGAAAAUGUGCAAAAUUUUGUUGUCUAGUGUUAGCAAUGUCUUCUGUGAUAUUUUUAGGUUUAUUACUCCACUGUCGUGAACCAGUUAUUGGUACAGAUCAUGUCAUGACAAUAUUUUCUAGUGCAUUUUCAUCGGAUGAAUCGACUGAUAGUCCAUUGUUAUUACCAGAAGUUGAAGAAACUCAAUGUAAAAAAAAAUGUAAUUGUGAUAUGAACAUAUUUCAACCGGUGUGUGAUCCUGUCAAUAAAGCCACAUAUCAAAACCCGUGUUUAUUAGGGUGUCGGAAGAUACUCAAAGGAAAAUAUACCGAUUGUGAGUGUUUACCGCAGAAUGGUACAGUGAUGGUUGGACGUUGUAAAGAACGAAAAUGUACAUUAAAUUUAAUAUUAACAUUAUGCGGUGCAUUUGUUGUUGUCUUUAUGAGCUGUUGUAUUAUUGUACCAGCACUCAAAGGUAUAUUACAUAGUAUCGAGCCUGAACAUCGUGCAUUUUCUUUGGGUUUCAAAUCUACAUUAACCAAAUCAUUGGGUUAUUUGCCGGGAACAUUGCUAUUUGGAAAAGUUAUUGAUCACACGUGUAUUACGAGAAUUAAGGAAACAUGUGGUGACAAAUAUCAAUGUAAACAUUAUAACAAUAAAAGAAUGGCCAUUUCAUUAGCUCUAUUAGGUUUUGGAUUUCGUUCCAUAUCUGCACUUUGUUGUGCAAUAUCUUGGUAUGCUUACAAAAAACAUCCCGACACUCAAUCACAACAACAAAAACAAAAUAACAAUCUAAACACAAUUAGAAGGGCGUCAGAUAACUUAACAGAAGAAAAUAUGUUGACCGCUAAAUCUUAG